AUGAGCAGCACUGAGCAAGCUCCGGACAACGAUGUCCUCAUCAUCGGAGCUGGCCUUUCAGGAAUCUUCUCGCUCUAUCGGAUGCGAGGCUUGGGCUUCAAGGCACGAGUGUUGGAAGCUGGAUCAGCAGAGGGAGGGACUUGGUACUGGAAUCGCUACCCCGGGUGCAGAUUUGAUUCGGAAAGCUACACGUACCAUUUCACGUUCUCACAAGAGGUCUUGGACGAAUGGGACUGGACCGAACACUUCGCACCGCAAGCUGAGACCUUGAAGUAUGCACAAUUUCUCGCCGACAAGUUCGACCUCCGGCGGGAUAUGCAGUUUGAGACCACGGUGAAGAGCGCUCACUGGCAAGACCAGAGUCGGUUAUGGCUCUUGACAGACGCUGCUGGCAAGCAAUACACUUCUCGAUUCCUCAUUACCGCCGUGGGCAUUUUGAGCGAGCAUACUCUACCCAAUAUUCCAGGCGUGCGAGACUUCCAAGGAGAGGCCUUCCACACCUCAAGAUGGCCCAGUGAAUGGAGCGUCGAUGGGAAACGGGUCGGCAUCAUCGGUACUGGUGCGACCGCGAUUCAGAUCAUUCCUGAGCUCGUGAAGCUGCCUUUGCAGAACCUCACGGUCUUCCAGCGUACGGCGAACUGGUCUGCUCCUUUACGUAACGAAAAGAUCAGCCCAGAAGAAAUGAACGAAUUGCGUAAGCAGUAUCCGGAAAUCCACAAGAAGUGCAACGAAUCUGGCGCUGGAUUCCAGUAUUCCCUGGACCGACGUAAGACCUUCGACGUUCCGGAGGAAGAGCGACUCGCAUUUUGGGAGUCUCUAUACGCCCAGAGAGGCUUCGCGAAGUGGUUAGGUUCUUUCGCAGACCACUUGACUGACCCAGCCGCGAACAAGGCGUUCAGCGAGUUUCAUGCCAACAAGAUCAGGCAACGGGUGAAGGACCCGGUCGUAGCGGAGAAACUCAUCCCCAAAACGCAUGGCUUUGGCACAAGACGAGUGCCCUUGGAGACACAUUAUCUCGAGGCCUACAAUUACUCCAACGUGCGAUUGGUGGACUCCACUGUGGACAGUCCUAUUGAGAGGAUUACCAACAAGGGCGUGCUUCUGGCGAAUGGCGAGGAAAUUGAGCUGGAUAUACUGAUAUAUGCCACGGGCUUCGAUGCCAUUACGGGCUCUCUCACCCGAGGUAUCAACAUCCGUGGAAUUAAUGGUGUCAGUCUCAACGAGAAGUGGGAGGACGACGUUGAGACGUUCCUCGGCUUGAUGGUCAAAGACUUUCCCAACAUGGCGAUGAUCAUGGGACCUCAUCAAGUCGCCGGCAACAUUCCUCGGAGCAUUGAGUUCGCUGUGGACUCUGUGACCAACCUUUUAGGACAUUGCAAGGACAAGGAGAUCACCUUCUUUGAGGCCAAAGAUGACGGUGUCAAGACAUGGAUGGAGCAUGUGCACGAAGUCACCAAAGGGCUACUCACAAUGCAGGUAGACAGCUGGGCCACUGGAGUCAACAGCAACGUGAAAGGGAGGCAGAGAAGGCGUGUAAUACGAUAUUUCGGUCCCGGACCGAAAUAUCGUAAAAUCGUCAACGAGGUGGCCGAGAGGCAGUGGGCUGACUUGGAGCUGAUAAAGUGA